AUGGACGCCCCGUCCGACGCACGGCGGCCAUCCGUUUCCUUCGCCAACCGCUCCACGACAGAUUCCUCAUCGGAGGCGACUCCCAUCCCCAGCGUCCGUUCCGACUCUGUGACGCUGCAUAUGCCAGACCCGUCUGCAGCUCCUACUGCCGUCUCCAUCAACGCCCCCUUGAGCUGUUCCUCUUCAUGGAGUGCCAGUUCCGAUCGCCAACUUGGUCACAAUGCAAGUCCCGAUCCUUCAGAUCGCGUUUACCCGAUCCGCUCCGUCGUGCGCGUAGACCGCACCAGCAGGACCUCUGGCGAGCAUGGUUACUUCCCCAGAGUCCCCGACCAUGGCCAAUACCAAGCCCCCCGUCCAAGCAAUCCUCGAAUCGAUACCGCCGCCUUCGAAGCCAUGUCUCGUCGCGAUUCUGCAUCCACGCCGUUGUCCAACGUAACCUCGCCUGGCGAUCGUCAAGGAAUACAGGCGAGGAGGAAACAUGCUGGUUCUGGCCCCAUGUCUAGCGUACAAGCCGACGCUGCACGUCACAACACUUCGCAGCCACUUGAUAUAUUUCAGGAUGUUGCGUCGGAUGCGGAAGAGGAUUCAGCACCUGGCGACGACCAUUCGCAACAGCAGGCAUCAUCUACCAGUGUUCUCGGAGACAUAGCUAGCGAGAGCCUUUUUCCAACAACACGCUUCAAAUACGUCAUGACGGAUGAAGGGCAUCAUGUCAUCACAGGCACCGACGGUGUCCUACAAUGUUGCGAGGAUGAGCCUAUCCAUACCCCCGGAGCCGUGCAAGGAUUUGGCGCAUUGGUGGCCAUCCGAGAAGAAAGCCAAGGCCAAUUUUCUGUACGCACCGCCAGCGAGAAUACCGAGAACCUGAUCGGAUACUCUCCACAGCAGCUUUUUCGACUGAACAGUUUCCUGGAUAUAUUGAGUGAGGAGCAGCAAGAUAACUUACUAGACCACAUCGACUUCAUUCGCGACGAAGACGCAGAUCCAGCCAUCAAUGGACCCGAAGUCUUCAGUCUAUCCAUCCGCCCCCCGAAAAAGAAGAGUGUCAAGCUUUGGUGUGCGAUUCACAUUAAUCCCGUGCAUCCUGAUCUCGUAAUCUGCGAAUUCGAAGUCGACGACGAUCAUCGAUUCCCGCUGCGACCACCAGAAGAGGCCACGCCAAUGACCCCCGAAGAUACGUUGCAGUCAAACCCCACAUCGGAAGAAUUGGCGGAGAGUACCGAAAUUCUAAGCAAGCCGUUGAGGGUGUUGCGAAGCGCACGCAAGCGCCGAGGCGACGCAGGUGCGAUGCAGGUAUUCGAUAUCAUGUCCCAGGUUCAGGAGCAGCUUGCAGCGGCCAUCAACCUGGAAGCUUUCCUCAAAAUCCUUGUGGGCAUCGUCAAGGAACUGACCGGCUUUCACCGGGUCAUGAUAUACCAGUUCGAUUCCUCCUUCAACGGAAAAGUCGUCACGGAACUCGUGGACCCCUCGCACACCAAAGAUUUAUACAAGGGCUUGCAUUUCCCCGCCUCUGAUAUACCGCGACAGGCUCGCGAGUUGUACAAGCUGAACAAGGUGAGGCUUCUAUACGACAGGGACCUGGAAACCGCCCGUCUUGUCUGCAGGGCGAAAGAAGAUCUCGAGGUGCCACUAGACCUCAGCCAUUCUUACCUGCGUGCUAUGUCGCCUAUUCACAUCAAGUAUCUGAAGAACAUGGCUGUCCGAUCAUCAAUGUCGGUCUCCAUCAAUGCCUUCAACGAACUUUGGGGUCUCAUCGCCUGUCACUCAUAUGGCCGGAAGGGCAUGCGUGUCUCUUUCCCCAUCAGAAAGAUGUGUCGCCUAGUGGGAGACACUGCGUCUCGAAACAUUGAGAGGUUAUCAUACGCUACUCGACUCCAAGCCAGGAAGCUCAUCAAUACGGCACCGUCAGAGAGCAAUCCUUCGGGUUACAUUAUUGCUUCUUCCGACGAUCUUCUUAAGCUCUUCGAUGCUGACUUUGGUAUGCUCUCCAUUCGAGGCGAAACGAAGAUUUUGGGCGAUCUUGAGCAUUCGCAAGAAGCAUUGGCCAUGCUGGAGUACUUGCGCUUGCGGGAGCUCACGUCCGUGGUCACCUCCCAGGACAUCAAAGAGGAUUUCCCAGACCUGCGAUAUCCCCUUGGAUUCACUGUUAUCGCAGGCUUACUGUAUGUUCCACUGAGCGUUGGAGGUAACGAUUUCAUUGUCUUCUUCCGCAAAGGCCAAGUCAAGGAGGUCAAAUGGGCCGGAAAUCCGUACGAAAAGACUCUUCGCGAGGGCACUCAAGCCUACCUCGAACCCAGAAAAAGUUUCAAGACUUGGCACGAGACUAUCCUUCGUAAAUGUAGAGAAUGGUCAGAGGAACAAGUCGAGACAGCCGCCGUUCUUUGCUUGGUCUAUGGCAAAUUCAUUGAAGUCUGGAGACAGAAGGAGGCUGCAUUGCAGAGCAGCCGUCUCACGCGCCUCUUGCUGGCGAACUCAGCCCACGAAGUUCGGACGCCGCUCAAUGCUAUUAUCAAUUAUUUGGAAAUCGCUUUGGAGGGCUCCCUCGACCAAGAGACGCGCGAUAACCUCGCCAAGUCACAUUCUGCUUCAAAGUCGCUCAUCUAUGUCAUCAACGACCUGCUUGACUUGACGAAAACCGAGGAGGGUCAGAGCUUGAUCAAGGACGAGGUGUUCGAUUUCGGCAUGUGCAUCCGAGAAGCGACAGAUCCGUUCACCAACGACGCCAAGAGAAAGGGCAUUGAGUAUCAGGUCAUUGAACAUCCCGGACUCCCACACCAUGUUUGUGGUGACAGUCGACGCCUCAGACAAGCCAUUUCGAACGUUGCAGCCAACGCAGUGCAAAACACAACCAAUGGAUUCGUCAGAGUCGAACUAUACGUCAGCGAGAUACUCGAACGACGGGUACGCGUCGAGAUUGUUGUCGAAGACACAGGCAAGGGAAUGACGGCUAAGCAGCUCGACACACUUUUCAGGGAUCUCGAGCAAGUGAGCGUCGAGACCGACGAAGUCAGCGCCCUCUUCCCAGAUGACGAUAAGGAUAGCAAAGACACUAGGAUACUGGGUCUAGGCUUAGCUGUCGUAGCCAGAAUCGUCCGCAACAUGGAUGGCCAGCUACGGCUGAAAUCGGAACAGGGGACCGGGUCGAGAUUUGUGAUUCAGCUGCCGUUCGACCUGCCUGGCGAUGUGCCUGCACCCCCAGAACCCGGUCAGAAGUCUGCGAAGUCGGGCGCUACUUCAAGUGUGGCUUCUGUCACGACAGCCAUGCCAGAUAACGACGGCGAGAUGAUGCUCAUCGAUCGCGGCAGCAAGGUAUCGUUGCUUGAGGAAGGCGGGACGGAUGCCCUAGGUGCCGAGACGCAGAGCCUUGAGAGCCAGAAGACGACAGGCACGAGUGGAAGCAAGGCUAGUGGUCGAAGCGCGCGAAGUGAUGCGGAUCGCUUGAUCGACGCGAUUCAGACGCCACUUUCUAUCGGUGAAGCUGAGAUUAACCGACCAGCGACAACACGGCAGCAGUCUUGGGAGUACUCACAUAGACCAAGGUCUUCAGAGAGCCACAGCACCGCAGCCUCGACCUCGGUCGCGAGGCGCAUGGAAUCUCCUACCUCGCGUCGACGCAUCGAAGCAUCUAACCGUCCAGAGGCUGGGUAUGCGACAGUCACAGAUGCGAAAACACCCGUCAGAGCUGUCAAGGUGCCAGAUGAGUACACUGAUCAGCCAUCAAUGCCACCAAUGCAAGGCGACUCUUCACGAGUCCUCUUUGAAGUCAACAGUCGCUCAAAGUUAGGGGGUACAUCGGAGGCUGGCACAAUCGGUAGCACUGCCGGCACCGCGUCAAGCAUCAUUUCGAGUUUCGACGAGACGAAGCUGCAAGUCUUGAUUGCGGAAGACGACCCUAUCAAUUCGAGAAUUUUGCGAAAACGCUUGGAGAAGUCCGGCCACCAAGUUUUCCAUGCUGUCAACGGCGAAGAUUGCGCUGCUGUCUACCAGGAGAGGCCCGAAACCUUUGAUAUACUGUUAAUGGACAUGCAGAUGCCAAUUGUGGAUGGCCUUACAAGUACAAAGAUGAUACGAGCCCACGAAAAGUCUAGCGGCCACGGUGGGCACUCAGCGAUUGCAACUCACAACGGCCGUAUCCCUGUAUUUGCAGUAUCUGCAUCUCUCAUUGAACGAGAGAAGGACAAAUACAUUGAUGCCGGAUUCGAUGGGUGGAUCCUCAAGCCUAUCGAUUUCAAGCGACUAAACACGUUGCUCUUGGGAAUCGUCGAUGAUGAAAUGCGCGCAUCGUGUUUAUAUGCACCUGGGCAAUGGGAAAAGGGCGGCUGGUUCAACAUCCGACACACCGAGGAGAGAAAGGACGAAGACAUGCCAACACCGGUAGUGUCCCCGGGGCCUGUAAGCAUGGACACGUCUGUGGAAACCCCAAUGGAUGGAUCCAAAGAUUCAUCGCCAGAGAUGGACGGUUCCAGUUAA